CCGAGUGGCCUGUGCAGAAGGCCGGGGGUUAGACCGAGCAAAUGGAGCAACGCAAAUGAAUCUCGAAAAAAAAAAAACCCAGCAGAGAAUCACAACCACAGCGGCGUUUCGGGAAUGUAAUUCCUCCUGUCUUUUGUCUUCCUCGUCCCUCCUCAUUUCCUUCAUGUCUCCUCGCCGGAGUGAAGGUCGAGAUCAGGCGAUAUAGUCAUGGACGACGGUGUGAAGCGGCGAGGAAGAUCUGCAGUAAGCAAUCAACUCUACUUAAUGCAAGGAAAGUGGUUUUGACAUCACGCCAGUCUACGCCACCGGGACAUCUGAGUCAACGCCUGGCUCUGACAGACGUACACAUGGGUUACACAUUCUAUAUGUGACCAGGAUAUUUAAAAAACAUUUUUAAAAAGGCUUGUCCAGAACCAGCACACACCCGGACUGAGCUUUGAUACAGAGCUUUGAUACAGAAAUCACUGGCAGUCAUGUCUCUCUCUACGGUGCUAGCAAAGGCGUUAUAUGAUAAUGCGGCUGAGAGUCCGGAGGAGCUGGCUUUCCGGAAAGGUGACAUCUUGAUGGUGCUGGAGCAGGAGCAAGAUGGUGGGCCGGGGUGGUGGCUCUGCUCCCUCCACGGGCGCCAAGGCAUCGCCCCUGCUAACCGCUUACGGCUCCUCCAGACAGCACCGGAUGCCCCCCGUGCCCCCAGUGUGGACUCAGUUUAUCUCUUUCCAGUUCAGCAGGGACACAUUAAUGGGCAUCGCCUGGAAGAUGGGGACGGAGUGUAUCUCUCUCCUCCAAGCCUAGCUGAAGGGGUGUACCAGAGUCCUGCAGGGGCAUCAGGAUCUGGUAGUCGUCCACGCUCCCACUCCAGCUCUGGUGCUAGGCCACGGCCAGAAUGGGCAGAUAUAGGAGUUGAAGGACGUCCACGCUCACCUUCCCUUAGAGGACGGACAGGAGAAGCGGGUUCAGUAUAUCAGACUCCUGCCACUACAGCACCACUAGGGGCACCUUACAGAUCGCAGGGUAAUUCAGUGUACCUGUCACCCAGUGCUGUGCCCAGAUCUACCGUUGAAACAGGAAGCGAGGCUGCUUAUCUGAGCCCAAGAGAUUCAAGCAUCACAGGCCAUUCAGAUGCCUGUUAUUUGGUUCCUCGGCCAACCGUUGCAGCUUUACCAGGUGAGGAUUUUUAUCAAACUCCGGUUAACAUGGCUUCAGUGCCAGUGCUUCAAGACGGAGUAACCAGUCAAGUUAAAACAGGUCAGGAACUUCCAGGAAUGUACCAGACCCCGAGUGCACCAGGGACAGCCAUAACUAGGACUCCACAAGCCGAGCGCAAGCUAUCUGCUGGGUCUGUUGUGGUAUCGGUUGCCUUGGGACAAAAUGUAAACACACCCCCAACAAGCAGGUCAUCUGCCAGAGCACAGGGUCAGUGUGCCACUCCCCCGGUGGGUCGUGAAAAAACAUCACAGGUUUCCGUAAAAGGAUCCCCCCUUCUUGUGAGGACUGCGAAAUGCGGGCUGCCAGGGUCUCCUAAUUUUGGACGUAAGCCUCCUCCACCAGCGCCGCCGGUUAGAAGUGUGACCCGGAAGGAUUUACCACAGGGGCAGGCGCCAUCACCGGCUGCAAAACCCACUAUGCAGGCAGGUCCUCCUACGGAGACUGCUAAAGAGGGGGGAAAACAACGACAGAUAAGUAAAGAUGGUGGGAAGAAGAAGGACAUAAAGAUGAUAAAGACGGAGUGCACACUUUCUGAUGAUGGAACACAUGUUGAUCAGGUGUAUGACACUCCUCCUACAAACAGAUGGCAGCAGCCAGUCCCCGCACUAUCUGCCGAGGAAAGCGAGAGCAUCUAUAACACCCCUCGUGCUGUCCCUUUACACAAUGAACAGGGAUCAGAGAUUUAUGAUGUUCCCACCCAUGCCCUGAAUCCACCCUCAGACCUUGAGAUGGAGACCUACAAUGUCCCGGCAUCACUUCCACUAAGCGAAGACAUAGAAGAAGACGUUUACAGUGUCCCCAGUCUUCCAGGUCUGCCUUUAGACUCUGGUGAAAUGCCAAUGGAAGCAAGGGGAAACGCUGAGGUUUACUCUAUUCCAAGUCCUGGAAAGUCGGAACUGGCAUCCGAGGAUUUCUCUGAAGCAGAUGGAGGCAUUUAUGACAUGCCCGCUCUCACAGUGGACAUUCCUGCAUGCCGUCUUUCUGCAUCCAGCACCGGGUCGGGUGACAUCCAGUGGAAAAGCUCUCUCUCGUCUCUCGUACAGUCAGCUCUAAGCUCUGCCUCAGUCGCCGCCACACCUUCACGGGACCUGGCCGCAUCACUGGCCGAGAUCUUGUCAGUAUGGAAAGCAGGUCACUCUGGCGAUAUCCCGCCUUCUCUUCAGCAGGCAUGGUCUCGUCUUGCAGACCUUGUUCCUGCACUGUCGGUGUGUGGUGCAUCCCCUCCGGCUGACAGUCUGCUCACAAUGGUCCGCCGAGCUCUCGAGGACUCCUCCACCAUUUUGCAGAGCCAAACAAGACCGCGUCUGCCCUCUCAGGAGUCUCUCUCACGGAGGCCACUUCCUGCGUUGCCGGUUGCAGAGGUGAAGCCCAUGUCAGGAGGAAUGGGGUCUCGCAAGGGUAGCUGGAUCCAGGAGCGCCCGCUCCCUCCUCCUCCUGUUCCUGCAUUUCCGUUGCCUCCAGCGCCUGCAUCACUUUCCCUUGCUGGAGAGAUGAGUGAGGACGAGCAAGGGAACGAGUAUGCAGGGAUCGGGCUAACUCCUGCACCUCCAGUGUACCCUGCAGGAGACAGCGUAGGAUACGUCAAGCUGCAGGGAAAGCCUGAGCCGCCUCCUGACUCACAGGCUGAAACUGGCACUUCGCAGGUCAUCUCUACAAAUGAAACGAGAUUGAGCCCCUCUUCUCCUCUUCCCCUCUCUCUGUCUCUCGAGGACUCCGAGCUGCUGGCCUUCUACUCGUCCCAAAGCCUGUCGCACCUCUCCUGCCUGGCUGACGCCAUCGACUCCCUGUUCGGUAGCGUGCAGGGGAACCAGCCGCCGCGGAUCUUUGUUUCCAGAGGGAAGAGUCUCAUUGUGACGGCGCAUAAGCUUGUUUUCAUCGGGGACACGCUUGCUCGUCUUCUCAGCUCCACUGACCUCAGGGCAAAGGUCACCACUUCCAGUGGACGUCUGUGUCAGGCCCUGAAGUCCGUAGUAGUUGCCACCAAAGAUGCAGCUCAGAAUUACCCCUCAGUCCAGGCUACGCAGGAAAUGGUGGACAGAGUAGCUGAGCUAUCCCAGCAUGCCGCUGGAUUCUCUGGGCUCCUUCAACGAUUAGCAGAAAUGUCUUGAUGUCUUCUCUUUUUUUUAUUAUUAUUAUUAUUCAUGACAAUGCCUUUUUUCAUGACAAUGCCUUAUUUGUAGUGCAUUAUUUUUACUUUUUUUGUUUGUAUGCAGAAGGGUAUCAUGAUUGUGUCUGAGUCAUCACACCAGUACUUGGUGAAGAGUUAAACUGUGCCUCGAGAAGGUUUAUGUGCGAUUGUGUGUGUGUGUGUGUGUGUGUAAGUGGGAAUGUACCAUGUGAUUUAUUUGUCUUUUUUGUGCCUAGCACAAAUCUCUGUGUCUUAAUAACUUAUUGAUGGGUGUUUGUUUUGGUGUGAGGAUGUAUGUUGCACGUUUUUGUAGUGGCUUAUUUUUUGUAUCGGUUUGAUUUACUGGGUAACUUUUGGUUAUGUCAGGUGCAGAUCUUUUCUUUUACACAUGUAAAAAAAAAAGGCUACCAGGGAUUUUUUUUUCUGUUUUUAUAUGUAGUCUCAGUUUUUAACCGCUUCAGUUUGUGUCUUAAAUCUCAUGGGAAAUCACACAAGCGCUUUCAUAAGUGCUUCAUAUUGAGUUCUAGCUUGAACGUGAGUUCAUGCAGAAAAGCAAGAAGGAACUCAUGCUCAGUUUCAAAGGGAGAUGGUGGCCCACUGAAAGCAAAGAUUGUGUUUUUCUGGGAUGAUUUGUAAUUUUGUCCUUUCCCACGACAGUGACUAAGUCUGAAACCUGUUCAGCUUGUUUCACUCCUUCUGUCCUGACUAUUUCUCACAGCCUUCCGUUUCUUACAUUUUUUUAAUCCCCAUUUUUACUCCUUAAACACCAGUUCUGCAUGUAGACAAAAGCAUGUCCGUGUGAAUGCAGUUCUGGGAAAAUAUUCUCCACUAUAUGAAUCAAUAAAUCGCAAUUUUAAAAAGACAAAAAGUAAUUAACUCUAUGUGCAAACGUAUAAUCUUUUCUCACAGGCAUGUGUCAUGCCUUUAUCUGGAAUUCAGACAAUAUACUGUAUUAUCAAUCACUUUUAUAUUUAUAGAAAUACUCAUGUGUAUAACAAUCCAGUCAGAAAUGAUUCAUAAGCAUGUAUUUUACUUAACUUCACAUCUACAUGUCCAGACAAGAGCCUGUUGCCUGUCUGUCCUGCGCCGUCAUACACACACAUAUCCACUGUGACUGAUAUACAAGCCACAGUAUCAAUACAUCCUUGCAUAUCUUUCAUCUGUUUUAAACGAUCGCUUAGUCUUUAAGAUUCGAUUAUCCCAGCAAUGUGAUGAAAAACACCCUGUAAAUUGUUUUCACCACCUUCUCAACAUUAUCAUUAAACUCAUGUACAGACUUGUUGGUUGGGUUUAAAACUGCCAACAUACUUGUUAUUGCCAUUGUAUUUAUUGCAAUGUAGUACUCUGCAAUAGUAAGGCUUUAAGUAUGAAUAUAGACAUACAAUAGUAAUAUUUCUGCGCACGACCCAGCUAAAACAAACAAAUGGCCAAUUGCAGGUCAAAAAAGAAGGACGGCAAAGCUAGGAGCACAAUGUAAUAGAGGUCCUUUAAUCUCUGCUUAUAAUUUCAGUCAUGCACAGAUGAACUGACUAGGUUGCUAUACUGUAUGUAACCCGAUCUAAACAUAAAUUGAAUGUUAUAUUUAAAACAGAAAUUAUUUUGUUUACGCCUGUGCACAAGUGUAAAAUCACUGUUUUGAGGAAGCUAUCGCCACAUAUCUCACAUAUCACCUAGAGACGCAUUGCUUCUUUCACCCAGCAUGCAUUUAUUAAGUUUCCUUUCCAAUAAUAAAAUGUUGAAUUUGCCCAUAAAGUGAUGAUUGAAUUUGUGUAAAAAAAAAAGUGCCCUAUUUCCCUUUUUUUAUGUGAAUUACAUGGAUUAAAUUGUAUGAGUGCACUAUAUAGUGAAAAUAUUGUGAGUUCACAACUGUGGGAGGAGUCUUCUAGUGGAAAUUGUCGAUGGGACAGUUGAUAAGUGAUUGCUAAAAGCAGUAUUGUAAUGCAAAGGCAGUCGUAAACACACAAAGGCAUACAUACAAAGCACAAGUUUUCCUUCCUCCCGCACCACCUUCUGUCCUGUCUUACAGCGCCCCCCAGUGGAUCAGAUCAGUAUUACAGUUUUACUUCACACUCCGGAGUGAACUCUUGGUUAAAGUUCGAUGACUUUACACUUAUUUGUUUGACUGUAUCUAUUCUUACAUAUUCAAAGGCUUCUAUGUCAAUAAUAAAUACCUAAAAACUAUUGAAAAUUGUGCUUUGCUCAGCUCAAAUGGUCUUAUAGAAAUAAUUCUAAUCGUAUUUAUUGUUUCUUUUUUUAAUGACAUGUAUGCAUGACUUUUUUUCUUUCUUUCUUUCUUUC